AUGCAGUCCAUCGGCCAGCCAUCCACCUACAGGUGUGCCACGUCACCUACAGGUGUGCCACGUCACCUACAGGUGUGCCACGUCACCUACAGGUGGGCCACGUCACCUACAGGUGGGCCACGUCACCUACAGGUGGGCCACGUCACCUACAGGUGGGCCACGUCACCUACAGGGCUGUGCGGGGGGGAGAGAGAGGUGGCGGGCAAAGGCCUGCACCAGCACUUCCCCCCUCAUACCCCGCUCAUACCCCGCUCAUACCCCCCUCAUACCCCGCUCAUACCCCGCUCAUACCCCGCUCAUACCCCCCUCAUACCCCGCUCAUACCCCCCUCAUACCCCGCUCAUACCCCCCUCAUGCUGCCCAACUGUCACCCCGUGCUCCUCGACUCUACCCCUAUGCGUGGCAGUGCGCAGUGGGAGAGAGUGGUGGCGGCGUGGACGCAAGGGGCUGGACCAGCACUUCCCCCCCUCAUAUCCCCUUCUAUCCGCAACAUGCUUCCACACUUUCCCCAUGCUCCUCCUGCCCUUCAUCCACACUGUUCCUAUGCACGCAUGGCAUGGCAGUGCGCGGUGGGAGCGAGUGGUGGCGGCAUGCAAGGGGCUGCACCAGCAAUUUGCAUGUGCGCGGUGGGAGAGGGUGGUGGCAGCACGCAAGGGGCUGGACCAGCGGCUGCUGGCGCGAAUCAACCUCGUGGACAGCUACGCCAAGGUGCUGUCACUGAUCGAGAUGGAUGCAGACGUGCUAUCAAUGAUAGAGAUAGAGGUGGAGAUGGAUGCAGACGUGCCCACAGCAGAGGCAGCAGGCGCUGCGGCGAGCAUAGCGGACCAGAUUGAGCGGCUCAUGGAGGUGGAGAGCUUGCAGAAGGAGUGGAAGCAGCAGGCGGAGGUGAACGAUGAGUUGGAGCGGCUGCUGAGGAGCGUGCCUGCUCUGCCUGACUCCGCCUCCUGGCAGAGCUGA